AUGGAUCCUAAAAGUUUAAUUGAUGAUUUAAACGAUAUAUUAUUGAGUGAAUACUACUGUUUUAUUGAAAUUUUAGGUAGAGGAAGUUUUGGAAUUGUAAUUGCAGCUUACAGUUCUAAUUUAGACAAGAUAGUAGCAAUAAAAGUAGAAGAUGUGUAAAUUUAAGGUUACUCCAUACUUUGAAUAGGAGAUAGAGUCAUGUCUAUUGUAAGAGUGUUCUCAUCCAAACAUAGUGAAAUUGCAUAGAGUCUUAAAAGCAAACAACUAUAUUUAUUUAAUAAUGGAGAAACUGAUAGGUUAAACUUUGGAUGUGAUAUUGAGAGAUAGAAGUCUCAAAGAAAUUGAAGUUUAAAACAUAAUGCAAUAAGUGUUAAAUGCAUUAGUAUUUUUACAUCGCAAAGGAAUCAUACAUAGAGACUUGAAACCAGGUAAAUCAUUGUGAUUUAAAUAGAAAAUAUAUUCAUUUGUGCUAAUAACUUAGUGAAAUUGAUAGAUUUAGGAUUAGGUUAUUAAAUAGUUUGUAGAGGUAUUAUUGGUUAAUAAGUUGGAACACCUUUUUAUAUAGCUCCAGAAGUGAUAAUUGGAGGAGAAUAAACUUAAGCAAUUGAUAUAUUUUCAUUAGGAAUCAUUUAUUAUUAGAUGAUGUGCAAUAACAAGCAUCCUAUUUGGUAGGAUGGUGUAUCAAAGAAAGAUUAUUAUAAAUUAAUCUCUUAAGACUUUAGUAUAAUCUAUCCAUAUCAUCUAUCAGAGUAAAAAAUUUUAUUGACAAUAGAAUGGCCUAGGACUUCAUUAGAAAUACAAUCUGUCAUAAUGCUUUAGAUAGAAUGACUGCUGAACAAUGUCUUGAACAUCCUUGGAUGUUAGGAGAACAAUCAAAAUCACAUCCUAUUACUAAUAGAGAAAUCAAAUUGACAUAUUCAUUUACAUAGAAAUUCCUAAUUGUAAAAAUUAUAAAAAUAAAAGAUCAUUAAAGCUUUGAAUAUCAUUAAAUAUAUGAAAGAUAAUUGUUAAGAAUAAAUGUUUUAUUUGAAGACUUAAGAAUCAGAUGAAAUUAAUGAAAUACUCUUAAAUCAUCAUAUUCCAAUGACAUCUCGAGUUCAAACAGAAACAAAUAUUAAUUUUAAUCAUCAUAGAGUUUAAAAUUUAAAAAAAAGUUUUGCACUUACCAAAACUACUUCUCAUCAAGACUUUACAACAUUAAAGAAUAGAUAAUUAAAUAAAUAUAGUAAUUAUUAAUAUAUAUAUUAUUAUUAAGAUGCUACAAAUAGAUACUAAACUUAAUUGGAUCUCCAUUUAUCAAUACCAAAAGUAAAUAGUUAAAAAAAAAUUCAUGUUCAUCUACCAUCAAUCUCACCACAAUAAACUAAAUAAUCCAUUUUUAGUUUUAAGUAAUCAUGA